AUGGUUAAAACAAUUAUAAUUGUGAUUGGAUGUGCGAUGGGCAUUACCAUGUUACUGCUGCUAAGUCAGAGUAAAAGAAUACUGAGCAAUCCAAUAAGCAUGAAUGAAUCAUAUAAGUUGAGGACAUCUGCUGCACCAGGUGAUUUAAUGCCACACCCAAUAAAUUCAUCGCGCGAACAGCUUUUGUUGCUGCAUCGUCAGAAGCGGUAUCUGGAGUUUCCCGAGGGCAGCUCAUUACAGUUGGUCUUCGAUUUAAUCAUACCCAUUGUGGACUACACCAAUUUCGCAAUUCUUGGCAUCACAUGUGCCGUCGCCUGGGAGCUGCCCAGCAAGCCGCCCAGUGAAAUUUUGGAGAACCUGCGCACCCGCCUAAACGAUGGCACCCUGGGCACGGUGAGGCGCAACGGCAGCGUUCCGAACAACGGGGACAGCAUCAUCCAAGCUGCCACUAAUUGGCAGGCAAUGCACACACAACCAUCAUCGACAUCAGCAUCAGCUGCGACAUAUGGAUCCAAUGCACACAGUUAUGCGUACUAUUCGAAUGUCCAGAGGGAACCGAGCACUUACGCUUAUGCAAAUUCGCCUAAUGGACAACAGCAUGGAGGGAGGCCGACUAAUUGGCAUGCGCGACAGUCAAUACCAAAGUUACCACAGUGGGCAGAGACUCCUCCUGUUACCCCCGUUUCAUCAGUGCCACAGCCAGUACGUGGCAAUGCUCACAACUGGUCAGACAAUUGGUGGCAGCGCAAUAAAGAGCGAGUCCAGCUAAAUUGGCGUGAAAAGCAGCAACAGUGGAGCACCUAUGACUAUAGUUACCCACAGCGGCCACAAGAGAUGCUGCAGAAUCCGCCGAAGCACCACGUUUAUCCUGUAUUUGGCAAAAAACGACGUCGACGACGACGAGACGUGGAGGGAUACCAGACGGAUGAUGACGUCAUCGAGCAGAUGCAUUUGCGAUCACAUCUAAGCUCAAGAGCUCUUCUUUUUGGCAAGAUCGAACGCUUGUACAAGUCGCGUCAGCUGAAUGGCACCGCCUGCAUUCAGCUGGCACUUUGCGAAUCGGCACAGCGUCAAGAGCGUAUGGAGAGGGGAUUGGGGGCAGCAGCUGAGCCGCAGAGCUUUAUUAUGGAGCUGCUUUCUGCCAUUUUUCAAUUGCCCGGUAGCAAUGAGGCUGGUGAUUUGUUGGAGCACAUCUCACCACAUUAUCUGGAAGCGCAUCAGAAGCGUGGCAACUGUCGUCAAAUUUACAGUGAUUGCAAUCACACAUUUUGGUUGGAAUGA